AUGUCUGUAUCGCCAGUAUUAAGCAAUGCCGACCUUGCCACCAACAGCGAUCGAACACCUUCAAUGGAUUGGGAACCCAUCGAAAAUGGCAAUGACAACGAGCUCGCUUCACCCACCGCCCCCGAAACCCAAGCCGCCCGGAGCUCUGAGGCCACCUCCCCCCCGACCGAGCCACCAUGGCGCCACCUUCCCCCAUAUCAAAAGUACUGCUAUCCUUGGACAAAGCAGGAGCUCCUUGAAGCAGUGAGAGAAGACCAUUCCUGGUUGAACCCUGAACCAGCCAAGGCGGAGUGGUGCAAGAGAAAUCUCAUGGAGAGCACUCAUCCUGCUGUGACCUUUGCCCUGUUGAAGCAGUGGACGGUGGAAAGACUGGAAACUGCACGGCCCAAGAGCCGUCAGGUAACGGUGCAGCUUGGACCCCGCCGUAAUGAGGACAAGGAAGAAUACGUCGUUGUCGAAAGAAAGAAGAAGACGAUUCGGCCUAAGCAAUCAUCUCACUUCGAUGAGGAUGAUUACGUUUGGGUCUAG